CUUACCCCGGGGUUUUAUAAUUUUAUAUAAAUCUAUUGGGGGUCAUAAAGACAAAAAAAAAACAGUUUAAAAUAAAACUUAAAUUGGAUUUGUCAUUACAAUAAUAGGACAAAAUAAUAUUAAUAAUAAUAAUAAUAAUAAUAAUAAUAAUAAAUAAUAAUUAUAAAAAUAAAAUUAACUGUACAUCACAAAUAAUCAUAUGAAAAUUUAUUCGAAUUUAUAAAUAUAAAAUAAAAAUAAAACAAUACAAUAUAUAUUUUUAAAGAAUGCUAGAGUUAGAGGAAAGUUCAUAUUCAUUAAAUUUAAUCUCUGACUAUGUUCAAGAUGAUGAUGAAAUCGUUCUCACAAAAGAACAUAAAGAGGAGCUUGAAAAAUCUUUUGGUCACAAAACAAUUGGUUUUUUUGGUGGAGUAAGUUUGUUAAUUGGUAAUAUGACAGGUCCAGCAAUGGUUAGCACUUCAUUGGUAUUUCAACAAGGUGGUUGGAUUUUAUCAUUAUUGGGUUUUUUAGUUAUUUUAUUUACCAGUACACUUUCAGGUUUGUUUAUGGUAGAGUCGAUGGCAUCUAUCCCAGGAAACCCAAGAUUUCAAUUACGUGUUGAAUUUACAAUGCUUUGCAGAUUUUAUUUUGGUAAAUGGGGUUAUAUAAUAGCACAGAUUUUUAUUAAUGUUGCCUUGCAAGCAACUAAUGUAGCAUCUAUUAUUAUUUGUGCACAAGUUAUGGAUUCAACCCUUAUUGCAAUUUUUAAAAAAACAUGUGGUCUCCAAAUGGCCCCACACGUAGAGUGGAUUUGUGAAACUAGCGUUUCAGCAGACUCAUCACCUUUUUCUGGAUAUAUGUUUUUCACAAUUGGUUAUCUUGUAGUAUUGGUUAUUAUUAUUCCAUUAGGUUUCUUAAAUCUUGAUGAUAACAUUAUUGUUCAAAUUAUUGCAGUCAUUUUAAUGUUUACUCUUACAACUAGUUGGAUCGUUACUUUUUGCAUUCACGGUUUAGAAGCUUCAAAUCUUCCUACGGUUGGUACUAAGGACGGUAUAGCGCAGAUUAUGGGUAGUGUAAUGUUUAACUAUGCAUAUAUUACAACUUUACCAUCAUGGGUAAACGAAAGUAAACCAACAGUUAAUAUUAGAAAAGCAGUAUGGUUAUCAGCAGGUGCAUCAACAUUUGUUUUCGUUAUGGUUGGAAUUUUCGGUGCAUUAGCUUUUGCUAAUAUGCCAAUUACAUCCGAUAUUUUAAGUGUUAUCAAUCAUCACGGUGGUAAUAUAAUCACUAAAAUUUCAGUAUACGUUUUCCCAUUUGUAGUACUUGCAAGUUCAAUUCCAGUAUUUUCGAUUGUUGUUAGAUAUAAUUUAAUGCAAAAUGGUUUAUUACCAAAAUGGAUCGCUAACGGUAUUGCAGUACUCCUUCCAUGGCUUAUUGUAAUUCCAUUUUUAACAGGUAAUGGCUUAAAUCUUAUCAGUAAUUACUCUAGUAUUUUCUUUUCAUCGAUUGCAAAUUUUGUUAUUCCAUUGUUAAUCUACUUAAAGUCACUUCAAUUCAGAAGAGGUCACAAAAAGAUGACUGAAGAACAAAGACACAUUCUUAAAACUUUAAUUGCCGAAACUCUAGAUUGGGAAGCUAAUCAACAUCUCUAUACUCACACUGGCGAAAAUCAUAAUAUGUUCAAAGUAUUUACCAAGUUAAAGAGAAAUCAAUCUAAAAAUAUUGCCAUAGCUUGUUUAGUUAUUUUAGGUGUUUUAAUUCCAUUAGUAAUUGCAACUACAUUCGCUUUUCCAGGAGCUUAAAUAAUUAAUAAUAUAUAUAAUAGUAUAAUAUAAUAAUAAUAAUAAUAAUAAUAAUAGUAAUAAUAACAGCAAUGGUUAUUAUCAUUUUUUUCAAUAGUAAUUUCAAAAGUAAUAAUUUUAAUUGUAAAACUAAAUUGUUAUAAUAAUGAUAUUAUAAUAUAUAAAUACAAAAAUCAACAUUUCCAUUCAUAAAUAAACUUAAUUUUUUUUUUUUAAAUUGAAAAAAAAAA